AGCGGGGCCGGCGCCGCGGCCGGUUGUGCUCGCCGAGCUGCUGCCGCCGGGCGGGCGGGCGGGCUGACGCUCGGAGCGGGGGGGGCCGCGCGGCGGGGCCGGCGGGACGCGGCGGGGCUGACCGGCCCCGAUGAGGCGGAAGGAGAAGCGGCUUCUGCAGGCGGUGGCGCUGGUGCUGGCGGCCCUGGUCCUUCUGCCCAACGUGGGGCUCUGGGCGCUGUACCGCGAACGGCAGCCCGACAGCACCCCCGGGGGAUCUGGGGCUGCGGUGGCCCCAGCGGCCGGACAGGGAUCACAGAAUCAGCAGAAGAAGAUAUUUUUCUUGGGAGAUGGACAAAAGCUGAAGGACUGGCAUGACAAAGAAGCCAUCAGAAGGGAUGCUCAGCGUGUAGGAAAUGGAGAACAAGGGAGGCCAUACCCCAUGACGGAUGCUGAGAGAGUGGAUCAGGCGUACCGAGAAAAUGGAUUUAACAUCUACGUCAGCGAUAAGAUCUCCCUGAAUCGCUCUCUCCCUGAUAUCCGGCACCCGAACUGCAACAGCAAGCGCUACCUGGAGACGCUCCCCAACACCAGCAUCAUCAUCCCCUUCCACAACGAGGGCUGGUCCUCCCUCCUGCGCACCGUCCACAGCGUGCUCAACCGCUCGCCCCCGGAGCUGGUCGCUGAGAUUGUGCUGGUUGACGACUUCAGUGACCGAGAGCACCUGAAGAAGCCUCUUGAAGACUACAUGGCCCAUUUCCCCAGUGUGAGGAUUCUCCGAACCAAGAAACGGGAAGGGCUGAUAAGGACCCGGAUGCUGGGGGCCUCGGCGGCCAUUGGGGACGUCAUCACAUUCUUGGACUCACACUGUGAAGCCAAUGUCAAUUGGCUCCCCCCCUUGCUCGACCGCAUCGCUCGGAACCGCAAGACCAUCGUGUGCCCGAUGAUUGACGUGAUUGAUCACGAUGACUUCCGGUAUGAGACCCAGGCGGGCGACGCCAUGCGGGGCGCCUUUGACUGGGAGAUGUACUACAAGCGGAUCCCAAUCCCUCCAGAACUGCAGAAGGCUGACCCCAGUGACCCAUUUGAGUCUCCCGUGAUGGCCGGUGGACUGUUCGCCGUGGACCGGAAGUGGUUCUGGGAGCUGGGCGGGUACGACCCAGGCCUGGAGAUCUGGGGAGGCGAGCAGUAUGAGAUCUCAUUCAAGGUGUGGAUGUGUGGGGGCCGCAUGGAGGACAUCCCCUGCUCCAGGGUGGGCCACAUCUACCGGAAGUAUGUGCCCUACAAAGUCCCCGCCGGAGUCAGCCUGGCCCGGAACCUGAAGCGCGUGGCGGAAGUGUGGAUGGACGAGUACGCCGAGCACAUCUACCAGCGCCGGCCCGAGUACCGCCACCUCUCCGCCGGGGACGUCGCCGCCCAGAAGAAGCUCCGCAGCUCCCUCAACUGCAAGAGUUUCAAGUGGUUUAUGACGCAGAUCGCCUGGGACCUGCCCAAGUUCUACCCGCCCGUGGAGCCGCCGGCCGCAGCCUGGGGCGAGAUUCGCAGUGUGGGCACCGGGCUGUGUGUGGACACGAAGCACGGGGCUGCGGGCUCCCCGCUGAGGCUGGAGAGCUGCGUCCGGGGCCGCGGUGAGGCCGCCUGGAACAACAUGCAGGUGUUCACCUUCACCUGGCGGGAGGACAUCCGGCCCGGGGACCCCCAGCACACCAAGAAGUUCUGCUUCGACGCCGUCUCCCACACCAGCCCGGCCACCCUCUACGACUGCCACGGCAUGAAGGGCAACCAGCUGUGGAGAUACCGGAAGGACAAGAGCCUGUACCACCCCGUCAGUGGCAGUUGCAUGGAUUGCAGCGAAAGCGACCACAGGAUCUUCAUGAACAUCUGCAACCCCUCCUCUCCCACCCAGCAGUGGCUGUUUGAACACACUAACUCAUCCGUCCUGGAAAAGUUCAACAGCAACUGAGCCCACGUGUCUGCCGCAGGCCUGGCGGGGUCCCCCCUGCCGCUCAGCUCACUGCGCCUUCCUCUUCCCGGAGAGGCAGGGCGUCCAUGGGCACCGCGAUGCCAAGGUGCUGGCCAGGCGGCUGCUGGUGCUGAGGCCCCACGCUGUGGAGGGGUGUGGACAGCAGAGCCCACGAGCGGCCCCACGAGCGGCAGAACCUGCUUUAACCCCUGAUGGCACCGUGGAAGUCCAGGCCGGCCUCCAGUCGCCGUGUUCCCUUGAGCAUUUUGCGGGGAAACGCCAGGGCAGCCCUAGGCCACUCAGAACGCGGCUCACGUAUGCAGUCCUUCAGAAAGAGGCAGUUUUGCCUGUUCAAGGCAGCCGUGAGCACAUGACCCCCAUUUGCAGCAGCAGAGAAGGGGCUGCUGGUGUCAAUCUUGUGGUGUUGGCCAGCCGUGGGGGUAAGUGCAGUUAUCUUCGUUCUCUGUCCCAGCCCCAGGCCGCACAGCGGGCCCUCAGAGUGUUCCGUCCUGAGCACCCACAGCUGCCAGGCCCCGGCUCACAAGCUGGGCCCUCGGACAUGCCUUCCGUUGCAGUGUGGACAUACGAGGUGCCUCUCCUUGCUCUCUAGGAGCUGGAGAUGCCCAUUGUGUGCCCUCCAGGCACAAGGACAGCCCAGCCAUCAGCUUUUUUAGGCUGUUUCCGAUGGCCUUGGGCCCAUGGAAAAGGCCUAGUAAGAUCCCAAACCAGAAAUUCUGGCUGAAUUUCCCUGUUCACUACUUCCACUUCUCUUCUUUCCAUCCCUCCUCUCUCUCUCUCUCUCUCUCUGGCAAUUCCUUGUCUCGGGAGAGGCACAGAGGUGUGGAGUGCUCACCUCCCAAGUCCAGAGGCCUCCCGGGUAGACCAUGGAGGAUGCCUGGUCUCUGACCUCAUUAUGGUUCUAGUUCUCACGCCGAACUCUACAAUUUGUAAAGAGCUCUAAUUUGAUCACAGGCUAGAAUGCUACCCAGGAUUCUGGGAUUCUGGCAUCCAGUAUGACUUCCUAGAAUGUUGUGAUUAGAGGAGGCAGCCAGGGGUAAUACAGCCACGGCAGCCCUCAGCCGAGAGACAAUCUGAGAAGUCCCACUCCGGGGGGGGGCUGUGUCCAUCCACUCCCGCCAGAGGCCUUGUUGUGACAUGGUCCUCAGCCAGACCGGAAGCCCUGCAGCCUCCCACCCCUGUGUCCCGGAACGGAUGCCCCCCAGGUCCCCACGCAGUCCCUCCCGUUUACCUUUAGCUCCAUUCAUCCCAUGCCACACUCCCGGAAGGCUCCCGACAAACAGGAAGCAUUUCCGCAGCCAGCCUGCCACGCACUGAUCCAGCGAUGGACAUGGCCUUCUGCAGCCUAUGGUUCCCAUCAGCCAGCCCAGGAAGUACUUGAAAUCAGUAUUCCAAUUAGAGUCGGCUCUCUCGAUUGUAUUGUUUGCCAGUUAAAUAACUGAGACGUAAAUCUGGGAACAGAGCCACAAAUCUGCCUUUGAGAUGCUGGCUGAUCUCAAGGCCGUCAGUGAUCUAGGGGAGGGGGGGAGGGUCGGGAGAACCACCCCAAUUAAGCGUGCAGCUGGCAGAGCGUCACUCCUGUCUGCCCCGCACAAGCCCUGCUCUGGCCACCUCUCCGCUGGAGAGGCCGCCCUGUGCUGGCCAAGCCUGUUUGCUGAGCCCCGGUGUCCUCUCCCAGUGGGCAUUGUCUUUGGAAGCGGCCCUUGGUGGGAAGGAGUCGAAGAUGAGGCCCCUUCCAGAACCUAGGGUAACAAGAGUGCUGCAGCUUGGAGAGUCGAUUUAGGAUUCCUCAUCAGAGAGCAAUGCAGCAUCAUUAAAAUAAAAACUGUGCCUUUUAAAAAAUGCAAAUGUACAGCAAAUCCCUAAACUUGAACCAUUUCCUAGUGCCUUGCUAGACAGACAUAAGGGGUAGGGAUUGGGGGGCGGGGGGGAGGGGAUGGGGGGUUGGUGGUAUGUGCAGAUCCUAUUGGAUGAGUGUCUGUUCCAUAAUGUUGAAUUCCAAGCAGGAGCGUUAGGCCUAGAGCAGGAUCUGGGAUGGAGAUGCCCCCUGAGGGCAGAGGCCAGCAGUUGCUCCCGUUAAUGUGACACUCCAGAUUAAAGGAGCAGCUGGUCAGCUUGUGUAGUUAGUCUGUGGCCUAAAGGGGCCUCCGUGGCCCCUGGGACAGGCCCUGUUCAGAGGCCGUGUCUGCAGCCCCCGCCCCUCCGAGCCCCCGGACAGAGUGCAGAGCGCUGGCUGGGUUUCCAAAUGGGCCCUCUCCAAGUGGAUGCGCGUUCUCGGCAUCACUGGGCCUCAUGUGGAGAGCAGGAGCAGCCUUCCUCCCGCCCAUCUGUUGGGUCUCCUUUUGAGUCUGGUUUCGCUCCCUCAACAAGGGAUGGGCAGGUCCUCCGAGCACUCCGGCCUCCGUCAUUGCUGAGCCCACAUCUGUAGGCGCUGCUGGUUGGCAAGGUGUGCAACAGGGAUGGCAGGAGACAGGGUCACUGCCUGGCUGGCCAGCUGGCUGAUUGCCAACACUGGCCACUCGUUGUCUUGGCCUCAUUUAUUUUAGACUGGCUGUCUUCAGGAUUUCACAGUCCUGCUCACACCCCCAGCUGAUGCCCAAAUCAAACAGCCUGGAGACUGUGCAAAUGCAGGGGUGAGAACAUGGGCCCCUUUUUUUUCUAAAGGCUUUAUUUUGAGCAUGAAAUCACAAAACAAAUGAGUGGCUAAAAUGUAUCAUGACCAUGUGGUCACCAGCAGCCCUUCCAAAGGGGACUCCAGAAACAUUUCAAAAUAUAAGCGCAUCUCGCUGUACGGACAGGGCUCUGGAGGUGGCCCAGUGUGCCAGCACCUGUGUGAAAAGCCAUUGCCUCCGAUUGGAGCUUGUUUCAGCUUUAAAAACAGUCCAGAAACUGCUCAGAGGCAGAGGGGGUACGUAUGGGGGGAGAGAGAGUAACAUUAGGUCCAGGAGAGAGAGCAGUUGCUUCAGAUGGGGCCUCUGGAUCCCCAAAGCCCAUGUUAGAGGCGCUUUUCAGACCUCCUACCUGUUGGAUUUCUUUUUGUGCAUCUCCAUUCCUCUGGUCUCUGGAGGAUUAAACGAGCUGCAAAGCACUUUACAGCUGUAAGUGGGAGAUCUGGAAUCCUUGCUUCAACGACCCCCUGUUUGUGCAGAUGGGUGAUCUCGUAUAAUUCCUGGUAGACUAUGCAUUUUCAGUGUUUUCUGGAGAUUUCUAAGUGUGGGAGAGGGGCAAGGAGUGUGGUUCUGUUCUGGGACUCUUUGCUUUCAGCUGAUGGUCUUUGUGAAAAAUCCUAGUCAUAUUUUAGUUCAACUUGAUCUUGAGCCGAAGCCCACUGCCACCUCUGGGGUGGGUCUGGGGUCUACAUUCCAAGUGACAAGGUCCGGUGCCUGACCAUAGGGUCAGGCUCCUGUUCUAUCUGGGCUAGAAAACUGGGGUCCCCAGGGGCUUAGUGAUGAUUCCCUAGAGAGAGCUCGAGACCACCGGCCUUUCUUCUCCUGCCUGGAAAAGCGCGCCUUUGUGAAGAACUGAUUUCAUGUACAGUUGUGAUUGUGACUGAGUAAAAGUCCAGACUUUCUCUAA